AUCACGUCUUAGUUGCGGGGCAAGUUCAUCUGGCAAAUACCAGUUCCAGUGCGCUAGCAAGGGUUGGCUGGCCAACUCUCCAUCUUCGGUGGCACCCCUGCUUUUCGUUCUGCGACUUUCUUGUAAUUAUGGGAGAAUCUAAAAAGCGGUGGACCUUUCAGUAAAGUACCUUGAGUGGUCUUAUGGAUUUCUGGAAUAUAUAGAAAAGGUUCUGCACAUGUAUGAUUUUUCUUUUUUCUUUCUCUUUCCUGUCUUUUGAAGGAGUAUCUUCCUCUUGAUAGAUUCUCUUCAAUAAGGAUAGAAUUUUAUAAGAGCUUUAUUCUGGUUUUUGUAUAUAGUGCAAGCACUAAUUGAUUCUGAGGUGAUAUUUUUUGGGCUUUCCACUUUAUAAGGAAUAUAAACUUUUUUUCAAUUCACAAGUAUAGGAUUUAUUUGAAUGGCGAAAAGGGUUUAUUGUUUGGAGAGUGCAUGAUGAAUAGUGAGUAGAAGAGAGGAGGGAAAAGGAAAAAAAUUCUAGGUGCGGGUAGGAGAUUUGAGAUUUGAGGGAUGUCUUCGAGAUCAACGACAAAUAAGACGAAUUGUUCUAGGAGUAGCUCUGCUAGGUCAAGACAUGGUGCUAGAGUGGUUGCUCAGACCCCAAUUGAUACUAAACUCCACGUGGACUUUGAAGAGUCUGAAAGACAAUUCGAUUAUUCUAGCUCAGUUAAUGUUUCCAGCUCCACCAGCAAUGUCCCUUCUUCAACUGUAUCAGCUUAUCUGCAGAAGAUGCAGAGAGGAAGCCUUAUUCAACCUUUUGGCUGUAUGAUUGCUGUCGAUGAGGAGAAGUUUACUGUCUUGGCAUAUACUGAAAAUGCUCCAGAAAUGCUGGACUUGGCACCACAUGCAGUUCCAAGCAUUGAACAAAAAGAAGCUCUGACUUUCGGUACCGAUGUUCGCAUGCUAUUCCGAUCUUCCGGUGCUGCUGCACUCCAAAAAGCUGCCAACUUUGGGGAAAUUAGCCUGCUUAAUCCAAUACUGGUUCAUUGCAGAAGUUCCGGUAAGCCCUUUUAUGCAAUUCUACAUCGGAUUGAUGUUGGACUAGUUAUAGACUUGGAACCUGUGAAUCCAGCUGAUGUACCAGUAACAGCUGCUGGAGCAUUAAAGUCAUAUAAGCUAGCAGCUAAAGCCAUUUCAAGAUUACAAUCUUUGCCUAAUGGGAAUAUAUCAUUGUUGUGCGAUGUGCUAGUCAGGGAGGUGAGUGAUUUGACUGGCUAUGAUCGGGUUAUGGUUUAUAAAUUUCAUGAGGAUGAGCAUGGAGAAGUUGUUGCUGAGUGCCGCAGGGCUGACUUGGAACCAUAUCUUGGCUUGCAUUACCCUGCUACUGAUAUACCACAAGCUUCAAGAUUUCUCUUCAUGAAAAACAAGGUUAGGAUGAUAUGUGAUUGUUUGGCCCAACCUGUUAAAGUAAUUCAGGACGAGAGUUUGGUUCAACCACUAAGUCUUUGUGGAUCUACUCUACGAUCUCCUCAUGGGUGUCAUGCUCAGUAUAUGGCAAACAUGGGUACCAUUGCUUCCUUGGUGAUGUCAGUGACUAUCAACGAGGAAGAUAAUGAGAUGGAUAGUGAUCAGCAGAAGGGAAGAAAAUUGUGGGGCUUGGUGGUUUGCCAUCACACUAGCCCUAGGUUUGUUCCGUUUCCGUUAAGGUAUGCAUGCGAGUUCUUGGUUCAGGUAUUCAGUGUUCAGAUCAAUAAGGAGGUGGAGUUGGCAGCUCAACUGAGGGAGAAACAUAUUUUGCGGACUCAAACUGUGCUUUGUGACAUGCUAUUGAGAGAUGCUCCACUUGGAAUAGUUACUCAAUCACCAAAUGUGAUGGAUCUUGUGAAAUGUGAUGGAGCUGCACUUUGCUACCAGAAUAAAUUUUGGUUACUUGGAAUCACCCCAACAGAGCUUCAGAUUAAAGAUAUUGCUGAAUGGUUACUUGAAUACCAUGGUCAGAGCACAGGGUUAAGUACUGAUAGCCUCAUGGAAGCUGGUUAUCCAGGUGCAUCCAUCCUUGGUGAUGCAGUAUGCGGAAUGGCUGCUAUAAAAAUUACCUCAAAGGAUUUUCUCUUUUGGUUUCGUUCUCAUACAGCAAAGGAGAUUAAAUGGGGUGGAGCAAAACAUGACCCUGGUGACAAAGAUGAUGGAAGGAAGAUGCAUCCGAGAUCAUCAUUUAAGGCCUUUCUUGAGGUGGUUAAGAGGCGGAGCGUGCCCUGGGAGGAUGUUGAAAUGGAUGCCAUCCAUUCCUUGCAGUUGAUAUUAAGAGGGUCCUUGCAAGAUGAGAUUGUUGAUAAUUCGAAACUGAUUGUUAAUGUUCCAGCAGUUGAAAACAGUAUAGGAAGAGUUGAUGAACUGCGUAUUGUGACAAAUGAAAUGGUUCGCCUUAUUGAGACGGCAUCUAUACCUAUAUUUGCUGUUGAUGAAUAUGGUGAUAUCAAUGGGUGGAACAAGAAGAUAAUUGAACUUACUGGCCUGGUUUUACAGAAAGCUAUUGGUAUGCCCUUGCUUGAUCUGGUUGCAGAUGAUUCAGUUGAGGUGGUAAAAAACAUGCUCUCCUUGGCUUUGCAAGGAAGAGAAGAGAAAAAUGUUGAAAUAAAACUUAAAACAUUUGGUCUUGAGGAAAAGAAUGGUCCUGUUAUCUUGGUCACAAAUGCCUGUUGUAGUCGAGAUGUAAAGGAGAACAUUGUCGGAGUUUGUUUUGUGGGGCAAGAUAUUACUGGACAGAGGUUGAUUAUGGACAAAUAUACCAGAAUCCAAGGUGAUUAUGUGGGAAUUAUGCGGAAUCCAUCAGCACUGAUUCCUCCCAUCUUCAUGAUGGAUGAGCAUGGCCAAUGCAUGGAAUGGAAUGAUGCAAUGCAGAAACUGUCGGGUGUCAAAAGGGAAGAUGCCAUUGACCAAAUGCUUGUGGGGGAGAUCUUUACUGUCAGUAACUUUGGCUGCAGGGUUAAAGACCAAGACACAUUGACCAAGCUUAGGAUAUUAUUGAAUGGUGUAAUUGCUGGGCAGAAUGCAGAUAAAUUAUUGUUUGGCUUCUUUGAUAAGCAUGGUAAAUAUGUUGAAGCCUUUGUUUCAGCUAACAAAAGGGCAGAUGCAGAGGGUAGGAUUAUAGGGGUUUUAUGCUUUCUGCAUGUUGCAAGUCCUGAACUUCAAUAUGCAAUGCAGGUUCAAAAGAUAUCCGAGCAGGCUGCAGCAAAUACGCUAACAAAGUUGGCUUAUGUUCGCCGUGAAAUUAAAAGCCCAUUGAAUGGGAUUAAGUUUGUCCAGCACUUGAUGGAAUCUUCUGAUUUAAGCAAAGAACAGAAGCAACUGUUGAAGACUCAGACAUUAUGCUUAGAACAAUUAGGAAAGAUUGUUGAUGAUUCCGAUGUCGAAAGUAUUGAGGAAUGCUAUAUGGAAAUGAAUUCUGGUGAAUUUAAUCUUGGAGAAGCUCUGAAAGCAGUUGUAAAUCAAGUGAUGGUUUUCAGUCGUGAGCAGCAGGUGCAAGUUGUUUCUGAUUUACCUGCUGAGGUAUCAUCUAUGUAUCUUUACGGUGAUACCCUGAGGCUUCAACAAGUUCUUUCAGACUUCCUGGCAACUGCACUCUUUUUUACUCCAGCAUUUGAAGGAUCUCUGGUUCUGUUCAAAGUUGUAUCAAGAAAGGAGUGUAUUGGGACAAGGAUACAUGUUGUUCACAUUGAAUUUAGAAUAACUCAUCCUGCACCUGGGAUCCCUGAAGAGUUAAUUCAAGAGAUGUUUUACCAUAGCCAGAGUGUAUCUAGGGAAGGUCUGGGCCUAUAUAUCAGCCAGAAGCUUGUCAAGAUCAUGAAUGGCACUGUGCAAUAUCUAAGAGAGGCUGAGAGAUCAUCAUUUAUCAUAUUGGCAGAGUUUCCGAUGGUUCACCCAAUCCAUAACCAGUAAACCUGUGUAUAAAACCUUGAGAACAUGGCAUACAAAUUCAAGUCCCACUUCGUCAGGGACAAGACUGAGGUAUGAGUUGUAUGCGAGACAAUAAGAUCACACGAUAUUGGUCUAUGUGUUGCUUAAAUCGUUUUGGUAAGCUGAACGUGUCGAUAGGAAUUCAUCCCAUGAAUACAGCUGCGAACGUGUGUCAACGCCAUCAAAGCAGCCCUGCCUGUAAAUAUUUAAUGUGUUAUGUGGUUUCUUUAUCAUCAUUUUCCUCACAAAAAUUUACGAC